UCGCUCCAACCGCAGUAGGGAUUUUUCUGCAACACCAGGACUACGGCACACAUUCAUAUUUCUACAAACUCCAUUAUAGGACAUCAACAGUGUGGAUUUUCAUCCCGGUGCUCAGGCAGGUCCUGCUGGUGACCUGCUUCAGAGCGAGCGGUCAAAUCAGGAGUGUUUGGAGGCCAUGGCUGAACAUGGAGCCCACGCUCAGCUUCCAGAACCAGCUGAAAUGCUGCCUCAAACCUGGAGGGCAGCGCUUAAGGCAGAGCAGCAGGAGUGGAUCAGCCAGACGCUGUUCAUCAGGGACCACCUGGGGAGGCCUCGCCUCACUACAGACCUCAACCUGUGGUGGUUCCCUCCACAGCCCCAGCCGGUCUACCACCAGCCUCCCGCAUCCCCUGAGCCCUUCUUUGCAUGUCGGCUGUUCCUGUGGAUGCCCCACAGGAUCUGGCGUCUGCAGCUGACGUGCCCCCAGCCUUCGUGCACCGGGUCCAUGGCGAAGGCUGGGCUCUAAAGGACCAUCCGGAGGGUCCUGGACAUUGACGGCUGGUACCUCAUGGCCACCGAGUACCUGGAGUGCCGUCAAUGUAAAAAGAAGGUCGCGGGAUGGUCACAGGGCAUCAUCAGGCAGCUGUCCCCCACCUACAGCUGCCAGUUUCCUGCUGUGCUCACUUACAAGCUGUCUUGUGACUUGAGGGUGGUUGGACAGCUGAGGUCUGGUCCUCUGGGCAACAGUGCGAAGCAGCUCUACAACAACCUGAGGGAGCUGCACUCAGAUUCCUGGAUGCGUAGAUCCUUACACUACCUCGGUGUGUGCGAGCAGUUCUUUAGCUCUGUCUCGGGGGCGUUUGCACCACCACCGCCCAUGCCACCUGUACCGUCUCCAGCCUGCCUUCUGACGGUCUACGGCUACGACAUGGUUAUGCGACUGGAAGAGUACAAGGCGCUGAUCACUUCCACCUUUGGAACCAUUUUGAAGAUAUAUUCCAGCAAAGAGGUGUCAAAGAAGCUCGCCAGUGCCACCUCCAAUGCAGACACCUGGAUCACCAGCGUAGGUAACGAGCAUGGCCAGGUCCUCAUGAGCGUCCUCACCUGCUCUGAGGGGUCCGAGGGCCUGAGCACCAUGGCAGCUGGAUUGAUGAAGCGGUACCGACUCGCUGACAAACCUCCACCACUUGUGGUCUACGUCGACCGGGACUGCUGCAGCAGAGACGGCGUGUCAAAGACAGCUGCCUUGUUUCAUGAGUGGGGGAACCUCGUGGUCCGUCUGGACAUCUGGCACUACAUGCGAUGUAUCGCAGGUGGUGUCACGACAGAGAGCCAUGAGCUAUACCCCACCUUCAUGAGGCAGCUGUCUCUCUGCAUCUUCGAGGUGGACCCUGAAGAUGCCCGCCGUCUCAAAGAGGCCAAGCGAUCGGAGCUGGGGAGGGAGCACGGGAUGUUCGACCUGAGCGACGCAGAGGUCAUCCAGAGGAUCUCCAAGGAGGAGUGGAGGCUGCACUGUCGCCACAGGACGCGUGGGGCAGAGCAAACAGCCCUCCUCAUCCAGAACCUCCUGGACACCUUCCGCGGUCCCUUCUUCCCACCAGAUCCUUCUUUAUUAUUGGCAGCAUCUCAAACAGGAUCUGAUGAACCUAGGUAUCGGUCUCCCCUCGACUCUGCCAAAGGAUCUGGAAGCCAGGCUCCUCCUCGAGAGCCACCGUCAGACAUUGAGGAAGAGGUCAUAGGUCCCGAUGGUCAGCCAGGAUACCAGCACGUCCUGAACCUGGCUAAGGCCCUGGUGGAGGCCAGAAGCCUGAACGGGCUCAGAGAUUCCAAGGUGGACAUGCUAAUCUCACUCUGGCAGCGUCUUCCAGACGCAGACAAGCAGAGGCAGGUGGAAGGAAAGACCACCACCUGGCCAAGCAGAGAGCCUCCAGCAGUCAGCUGUUCAAUGAAAGUGAACAGGACCCAGCCAAACAGGCCUGAAUCCAGCCGCCUGGUGGAGGCCACCUGCAGCCAGCUUUGUCGUGUGCAUCCCUCAGCCACGCGGGUCAAGGGGAUCUUAAGGACCCGCUGGUCCCUCAUCCUUGCAGACUAUGUGUCGAUAAGGGAGAUGGUGCUGGGGAGCCCAAGGCUGAUGGCAGAAACCACCAUCCAGCUGUUCCCAUUGAAUCAGAGGAAUAUUUCCAAGUGGUUCAUUGGUCGGCAGAAGAGGUGGGCCAGGCCUGUUCUGAAGCCAAGACCAGCAGUGGUCUCUCCCCCAGCUGCUAUCCAACAGGCCCAGCUCCCUGAAGAGGAGGUGCUCUUAGUGCUGGUGGGGCAUGGACAGCCCUAUAUUAGCGACGUCUCUGAUGUGGAGCCAGGCCCGUCCAGCAGGGGUCUCCCUACUCUUCAACCAAUACCACACCAGGUGCAGCUGCCUGCUACCUUACACCUGAGCGCCAAUAUUCAGCCGCUGCCUGGUCUUCCAGUCGUUCCCAGAUCAACAGCCUACAGGAAGAGGAAGGCAGCACCAGGUGGUCACUUACCAAUGAGGAAUAAGCAAUAUAUUUGCAAGAAGUGUGGGCAGCCUAAAAGACUGGACACUGGACACUCCAGGAUCAGGGGGGUGUCCUACUGUGCUGCCUUUGAGGGUCAGGCUGUGGAGGAGUGGAUGAAGAAAAUGAAUGACAAAGGAGGGAUGUAAGGACUGCUCUGUAAUUUUUGGAUAAUUUGAUCAGUAAAAACGUGUUUUUAAAGUCAUUGAUUGGAACUGAAAGCAUUUGAA